CACAAUGGUGUUAACUGCUGAAUUGGGGUCUUAUAGCCACAUAUGUGGACACUUAUACUGCCAUCUGGUGGUGUCAGAAGAGUAUAACAUACAAUGGUAAAAAUUCAAGAUGGCGGCAAAUACGAGGGAUGAUUCAAGUGGCCACUCCAGACACAAACAUCGAUCAGAGCGUUUUUCUGUACACCAAGCUAUGCAGCUACUUGGCUUGCUUGAUGAAGACAACUCAGAUUUAGACCUAUCUGACAAUGAUGAUCCCAUCCUGGAUACAAAUUACCAACCAUCACCACAGGAGGAAAGCAGCAGUGAGGAUGAGGGUGACAGUAGUGACAAUGAGGACCCCAUUCCUGAGCCCACAGAGCACAGCAGAGCACAUAAACGUCGCCGUGGUGCAGAUAAUGGGACAGAGAGUACAGGGACAGGUUCAUCCCACACGACGUCGAUGUCGAACUGUACCGAUUGAGACUGAUCGUGCAGAAGAUGACUCUGAGGAGCCAACACCAGGACCAAGCCAAACCAAAAAAAAUAAAAAGGGAGAGUCCAAACAAGGACGUGGAAUACGCUGGAAGGCUACUCCAUUGACGCCAAACCUUGCGGAGUAUCAGCAUCAGGACGAAAGCGAUCUGGACAGACAUGGCUGGACCCCACUAGAGUAUUUUGACCAGUACAUCGAUAGAGAUCUGAUGACACUGAUUUCAGAAUGUUCUAAUGCCAUGUCACUGUCUAGGAGUGGGGACCCACUCAACAUGUCAGUGGAUGAGGUCUACCACUUUUUUGGUGCCUGUAUUUUAAUGUCCUGCAUCCGAUACCCAACCAUUAGGAUGUAUUGGUCCAAAGCCUUUAAAAUCACUGCCAUCACUGACAGAUUCACGCGUGCCAGAUUCUUCAAACUGAGGGGAGCAAUAAAAGUGGUAAUUGAUGAUGAUGUGCCUGAAGAUCUGAAGAUGUCUGACAAAUUCUGGAAGGUGGGGCCUUUUCUGGAGCGGAUUCUGCGAGGCUGCAAGUCUCUGAAUCGACCUGAUUGCACAUCUAUUGAUGAGCAAAUGAUACCCUUCACGGGAGCCUGUCCGUACAGACAAUAUCUGCCAAUGAAGCCCAACCCAGUUGGCAUUAAGAACUUUGUGUGUGCUACAGCAGAUGGCAUUGUGCUUGACUUUGAGCUCUAUCAAGGUACACAAUCACUGAUCGAGAAGGUCAAAGAACCCGAGGGCCUGGGCUUGGGAAGCUUAGUCAUCGAGCGUCUUUGUCAAACCCUGAAACGCGGCACAAAAGUGUAUUGUGACCGGUUCUUCACCACCAUCAAAGGUGCGCAACAAAUGAUGGAGAAGGAGCUGUACAUAACUGGUACAAUAAUGAAGAACCGACUCGCUGGAGCGAACGACAAGUUACCCAGUGACAAAACCAUGAAAAGCGCAGGAAGAGGUACCUCAUCAGAAGUGUCCGCUGAAGAUGGAAAACUGUGUGUAGUGAAGUGGUAUGACAACAAGCCAGUAUUGCUGAUGUCUGUUGUUCAUGGUACACAGCCUUAGGACACCUGCCAGCGCUGGGACAAGAGGUUGAAACAAUAUGUCACUGUUUCGCGACCAAGCAUUGUCCGUGAGUACAAUACCAAGAUG